CCGCAAUCUGCCAAGAGGGUGACUUGCACAGCGACAGUGCUUGUUUCUUCCCAAACUAAAUUGAUUUCGCAUUUCAUCGUUUCAGUAAUUGCGCCCGACAUUUACUUGCUGUUGUGUAAGAUCUGAGUCUGUCUGUCUGUAGACGGCUAUGGGAGCGCUGGGUAAUGGCCGUCGUGGAGGCAGAGCACCACCUCUUUUGAUUGGUGCCCUCAUCGCCUGCAUCCUGGUGUUGGGCUUUAACUACUGGGUGUCAAGCUCUCGUAAUCUGGAACUCCAGACAAAGCUGUAUGAGUUGGAGGGCCAUGUGCGGCGUGGAGCAGCUGAUCGAGGAGUGGCGGAGAAGACGAUCCAGAGACAGAAGGAGCAGAUUAGUCGUAUAGAAAACCUCUACAAGGAACAGCUAGAUGGAGCCCAGAUCACAUGCAGCCAAGAGAAGGAUACACUGCGGCAGAAUAUUUCCACCAGCACCAAAACCAUACAGGAACUCAAAGGUCAGGUGAAUCAACUAAGUAACGAUCUGGGGAAGCUUCAGAAUGAGCUGCAGAAUUGCCAAAAAGACUUGAACACCUUGAACAAGAAAGUGACUUAUGACAUGACCCAGUGCAACACUCAGAUCCUGUCCCAGAAAGAGCUGUGUGAUGAGAAAGUGGCUGCCAUAAAACUGGAAUUUGAGAAGAACUGGGAGAAGCUCGUCCCUCCUCAUGGUGUCUCAAAUGAGAAGGUGGUAGAUGAAACAGUGAAGAAGGAACCAGGAAACGUGCUCGACAUCACGAACGCAGAAGUUGCUCUCAACCAGAACUCAAGCACUACUGACUCCAAAGCAAAUGUGCCAUCUGAAUUACUGACUAAUGACAUCACAGUGGACAAAGAAGCUGUGGAUAACCCAGUGGCCCCACCUUCAGGAAAGGACCUCCCCAAGCUCAAGUCUGUUCCUGCAGCCUCUCUUGUUCAACAGGAAAACCUUGAACCACCAAAGAAACAUGCUGUGAUGAAUAAGGAGGAGGGCGAGACAGUAACAUCUAAACUUUUGACAAACAACCUGACGGAGAAUAAAGAGCGGGAGGUGAUGCAAAUUCAUACUAAAAAGGGUCCACAGCUAGAUGAAGAGGAAGACCCUGGAAUGGAAGACAUUCACAUUGACCAGGAGAAGGAAAAUGAGAAGCUUGUUGGCCACACAGUCAACAAACCAGAGCAUGACGGCGCAGAGGAGCAAGCAGCACUUGGACUCGAGUGGGAUAAACUUCAACAGAAUAAACAGUCUGAUAAUAUAGACACAGAAAUGGAGGAGGAGCUCGCUGACUACAAUGGAGAUGAUGAGAAUGAAGGAGAGUUUGAAGCAGACAAACAAGCAGCACUUUCUCAAAUCUAAGGGCUGUUGUGAUGUUGAGGGGUGCCACACAUCAGAAUAGUUGUUGGGAGCUGCACAAUGGCAUCCUACAGGGUAAUGCAGUCCAAUACAGCAUUGUUUCCAUUCUGUCUGGGGAUAUAUAAAAUGUACACAGUGCAUCUCAUAAGUAUUCACAGCACUUCACUUUUUCCACA